AAAACUAACAACAAUCUAACUAGAAAAACAUAAACAGAAUGGCUGGUGUUCCCCAUCUCAUGACCCUCGCCGACCUCUCGGCCCCCCAGAUCUCCCGUGUUAUCCAACGCGCUGCCCUCCUCAAACGCGUCUCCAAGCCCUGGGUCUCUCCUGCAGUCGGCGGCAAAGCCCUCGUGCCAGGCAGUGGCACACCCGAGCCAGAACAGUCCCUCGCGCACAAGACCAUUGCCUUGCUAUUCAGCAAGCGCAGUACCCGGACACGUCUUGCUGCUGAAACUGCGUGCCUCCAUCUUGGCGGACGCGCCCUCUUCCUCGGCACCGAAGACAUCCAGCUCGGUGUCAACGAAUCUGCUCGCGACUCUGCCCGCGUCAUCGGCGGCAUGUGCCAGGGCAUCUUCGCUCGCGUCGGCGAGCACGCUGAGAUCGAGGAACUCGCCCGCCAUUCCCCCGUACCCGUCAUCAACGCCCUCUCCUCCUUUUGGCACCCGACCCAAAUCCUCGCAGACUACCUCACCCUUCAAGAACACGCCCACCUCUUCCCCGGCUCUUCCUCUCCCUCCUCUUCUGAUGCUCUCCCCGAGCUCCCCCCUCUGACCGUCGCCUACGUCGGCGACUCCGCUAACGUCCUGCACGACAUGCUCGUCACUUACCCACGCCUGGGCCACGCUCUCCGCGUCGCUUCGCCUCCCCAGCCCCAAUACCGCGCACCCACGCCCGUCUGGGACCGCGUCGUCGAGCUCGGAUGCGACAAGCGCAUCACCUGGGUCACCGACCCUCGUGAGGCAGUUCACGGUGCAGACGUCGUUGUCACCGACACUUGGAUCUCGAUGGGCCAAGAGGCUGAGAAACCCCAGCGUCUUAAGGACUUUGCGGGAUACCAAGUUACCGAGAAGCUCUGCCGUGAGGGCGGCGCGAACCCCGACUGGAAGUUCCUGCACUGUCUCCCUCGCAAGCAGGACGAAGUCGACGACGAGGUCUUCUACGGCCCACGCUCCCUCGUCUUCUCCGAGGCAGACAACCGGAAGUGGACCAUCAUGGCGUUGUUCGAUCUCCUCUUCGGCAAGUGGGACAAGACGCUGCUACAGUAAGCGCCCGACAAAUACCGUAUCCCGGUUAUAUCGAGGAUACCCGCUUUCCGCAAGAUGUGAUAAAAGUAGAACGAUGUACAUAAAGAUGAUAACAUCUGUCAUUUCGAAGUUAAU